AUGAGUGUAGGCGUAUGCAAUUCACCAAAAUUUGAAAUGUCAAACGAGACCUCCUAUUUUGGCAAUAUACACCAUAUGCCAGGUUCAUACAUACCAACGCCAGCUGCUGAUAGUAGUUGUUCGCCCGGUUAUUUCGACCUUAAUCCCAAGAGAAACUCUACUGCUCAAACUCCUUUCUUUGACGCUGUAAAACCACAUUCGCCAGGUCAAACUCCUUUCUUUGAUUGCGAAACUAUGACCUCGCCUUUCUUUGAGCACUUACAAUUACAGCAUGAACAACAACAAUCAUCAGCGUCGGCGUCAAUGAAUUCAAAUGUAAAAACCCCAGGAUUUUCCAUACAAUUACCCCCAAAUUCUUUUCAAAGCGGGAUGAUUACUCCUACCUGGGUUUCAAAUGGUGCUUUUCGUGCUACGCUAUCACCAAAAGUUCAAAGGGCUUCUUCAACAAAGCGUCCCUCGAUAUCUAAUCUAACUCCGUUGUCAUCAUCUUCCAAAUUGAUCUUUGAAACCUUUACCGUCGAUUCACUCGCUGAUUUGGUGAAAAGAUGCGAGUCUAAUUCACAAAAUAAAAAUGAUUACUUGGUGUUAUUAUUGGAUUUAAGAUCUUUUUCGAAUUUCACUGCUGAUCGAAUAAAGACUGCUCUGAAUAUUUGUAUUCCAAGUACGUUAUUAAAGCGUUGUUCUUUUUCCCCCGAGAAAAUAAUGGAAACAUUAGUCAGUGAUUAUGACAAAGAUAUUUUCAAAAACUGGUCAAAGUAUCAAAACAUUGUAUUGUAUGAUAAUGAUUUGGACAUAAUAUCCGAAAAUUGUCCAAUAUUUCAUGUCUGCAAAAAGUUUAAAAAAGAAAAUUGUAGUGCUAAAAUUGGUUGGUUAAAAGGCGGUUUUCGUGCUUUUUCGGUAAAAUAUCCAGAAUUGUGUGAACAAGCUUUAAUAAACACCAAUUCAAAACCGUCAACUACUUUACCACGCCGUAAAGGCUUAAAUGAAUCAUCGCGUAGAUUAGGACCAUUCACAUGUCCAACGCCAAUCAUCGAAGUUGCUGGUGUGAAUCCAUUCUUCUCUAAUAUUCGACAAAACUAUGAAUUAAGCGUCGGUAUCACUGAGACCAUACCUAUCCGUCUACCUGAGGGGAACACUUUUGAUCAAACAAAGAUUCCCGAAUUUAUGAACAGUUUAAUAUAUGGCGAAAAUGGACGAAAUAAAUUAGCUCAAAUAUUUCACGAUAUUGAGUUGACGGAGCAAAAACGAUUACAGUCUUUGAUGCUACAUAAUGCAAAUCAAGCAACCGCUGAUUGUCCAUUCAGCAUUAGUGCAGGGAUGGAAAAAGGUGCCAAAAAUCGAUACCAUAAUAUUUGGCCAUAUGAUCAUGCCCGUGUUAAAUUAAUUCAACCCGGAGAAGGUGGAUGUGAUUAUGUGAACGCAAGUUUCGUACAAGCUAAAGGCUGUGAUACUCGGUAUAUUGCAACACAGGGUCCUUUACCUGCAACCUAUGAUGACUUUUGGCGUGUCAUCUGGGAACAAAAUUCUCGAGUGAUCGUGAUGCUAACCAAAGAAGAAGAAGCGGGCAGAAUUCAAUGUCAUCGAUAUUGGGCUCAAUGUACAAAAACACCAUGUCAGUUUGGUUCUCUGAGUUGCAUACUUAUAUCAGAAACUAAUCCAUUGGUUACUGCGGAUGGUAAACCUGAUGCCUCAAUAAUAGUCCGUAAAUUCCAAAUCCAAAAUACAACAGAGCCAUCCGCAUCACCUAGGGAAAUUACACAAAUACAUUUUCUUGGAUGGCCUGAUUUCGGUAUUCCAGAAUCACCAUGUCAAAUUCUUAAAUUAAUAGAUGCUGCCAAUGAAAUUCAAUCACAAGCUGCUCAAUCAUGUACACCAUCGUCACAAGCAAUCGGUCCAAUGGUGGUUCAUUGUUCGGCUGGUUGCGGGCGAACAGGGGCAUUUUGUACAAUCGACUCGGUUCUAACACAAUUGAAAAACGCCGAAGCAACAGGUCAAAAAAUCGAUCUUUCUAUUGAUAUAAUAAAAUCUGCAGUUGAAAGUUUUCGAGAACAACGAUUAAGCAUGGUUCAGUCACUGAGACAGUUCGUCUUUUGUUAUGAGGCUGUAUUAUGGAAACUUCUUAGUGCAGCAUAA